UCUGCAAAUGGACCGUCGGGUGGUACAGUAUGGAAGCCACCACUGGGAGGAUGGGUUGAAGGUGUCCCUCUUCUCUUGGGCUUCUCUCGUUCCCAUCAUUGAUUUUGUGGCUGUUUUCUGGAUUCUUCCAAUUUGUCUCCAGAUGGUCCCGUGUGAAUCCACCACCCAAGAUUUUCAGAGGUCUACUUGGAAUCUGGCCCCAGCAGCUCCCAUCCUGUCCUGGUCACCUUCUCACCGAAUUCUCGUCAAAGGAGAAUAUAUCGAAUUAAAAUGUUCCCCACCAGAAGGACAGGAGGGAGAGAAUUAUUUCUUCGAUCGCAUGAAUGUAAAGGGGGAAUGGAAGAGAUUUCAAGAACAGAUCGGAAAUACUCUGCUGAUUCCUGCAUUGCGAAUGGCUCCAAAAGCAACAUUUUCUUGUUCUUACACGGGGAGAAACAAGGAAGGCAGAACAGCUAACUCUCGAAAGAGUAAUUGGGGUGAAUUCUCUGUCAUUGAUUGUUCACCAGCUCCCAUCCUUUCUCCAGAUCCUCCAGAACCCGUGUAUCUGGUUGGGGAGAACGUUGUCCUCUGGUGCUCAAUUCCCAACCUCCCUCUUCAAGGCUGGAGGCGCUACCAGUUUUCCCACAUAAGGGAAAAUGAGAAGGAGACCUCUAUAAAAGAUCUGGAUUGGCAUGAAGGCAACGUCUCCCUGGUCCUCACAGCCACAAGGGAAGAUUCUGGAUUAUAUAAAUGUCGGUACCUAGAAUGGAAAUAUGAGAGAAACAUCCCUUCCGAGUGGAGUCGUCCUGUCUCAAUUAUGGUGAGAGAUCCUCUGCUUCCCCCAGUGUUGGAGCUGAACCCUUCUUCUGGAUCCCUGGGGAUCCUGUCCAUCCUGUGUUUGUCCAGGGAAAGCAACAACACCAAAAGGUUCCAUUUCUCCCAGGAUAGUGUGGAGAUGGCCUCCAGCAAUGAAGAGCCUCUGAGGAGCAGCAGAGACUCUGGGCUUCUUACUCUAAAUAUGUCGGUAGCUUUCCUAUAUGCCAAAGACAACGAAAGCCUGCGAUUUGCUUGCAGAUACGAGGAAAACAUCAAUGGCCGUUGGAUCAUGUCUCCCUGGAGCGAGACGUUGAAUACCACAGUUGCAUCAGCUCCAUUUGCCCUGUCAGUGGGCUAUGCAGGGCUGGUUCUCCUUGUGCCCUUCCUGGCAGCCCCGCUGGUCUUCUGCUGGUGCAGGAGGAACAACAAGCACAUAUGUGCGAGGGGAAUCUUUACUUUUUAA